AUGGGAGCGAGCCAGAGGAGGAUGGGAGCGAGCCCGAGGAGGAUGGGAGCGAGCCAGAGGAGGAUGGGAGCGAGCCAGAGGAGGAUGGGAGCGAGCCCGAGGAGGAUGGGAGCGAGCCCGAGGAGGAUGGGAGCGAGCACUUGGAGGAUGGGAGCGAGCCCGAGGAGGAUGGGAGCGAGCCAGAGGAGGAUGGGAGCGAGCCCGAGGAGGAUGGGAGCGAGCCCGAGGAGGAUGGGAGCGAGCCCGAGGAGGAUGGGAGCGAGCCCUAGGAGGAUGGGAGCGAGCCUGAGGAGGAUGGGAGCGAGCCUGAGGAGGAUGGGAGCGAGCCCGAGGCUGAUAAACAGAAAAAAUGUAACGCCGCUCGUCUCUGCUCUUCUCUCCCGUAGCCACUGCAUUAGCCAGAUCCUGGAGAGUGUCAAUCAUAUCCACCAGCAUGAUAUCGUGCACCGAGACCUCAAGCCUGAGAACCUGCUGCUGGCCAGUAAGAUGAAGGGGGCGGCGGUGAAGCUGGCAGACUUCGGCCUCGCCAUCGAAGUGCAGGGCGACCAGCAGGCAUGGUUCGGUUUUGCCGGGACACCUGGGUACCUCUCUCCAGAAGUUUUGCGGAAAGACCCUUAUGGAAAACCAGUGGACAUUUGGGCUUGCGGCGUCAUCCUGUACAUCCUGUUAGUUGGGUACCCUCCGUUCUGGGACGAGGAUCAGCACAAACUGUAUCAGCAGAUCAAGGCCGGAGCGUACGACUUCCCGUCACCAGAAUGGGACACGGUGACUCCCGAGGCCAAGAACCUGAUCAACCAGAUGCUGACCAUAAACCCGGCCAAGAGAAUCACAGCGGAGCAGGCUCUGAAGCACCCAUGGGUCUGCCACCGGUCCACAGUGGCGUCCAUGAUGCACAGACAGGAGACCGUGGAGUGUCUCCGCAAGUUCAACGCUCGCCGAAAACUCAAGGGAGCCAUCCUCACCACCAUGCUUGUGUCCAGAAACUUCUCAGUGGGCCGGCAGCAUACCAACUCUGCUGCUGCCGCCUCCUCCACCGCCUCACUGGCUCAAGAAGCAUGCAAAAGUUUACUCAACAAGAAGUCCGACUCUGCAAAGCCUUCUACCAACAACACUAAGAACAGUAUAGUGAGCGCCAUCAAUGCCCUGAAAGACACCACCGCCAACGCCCAGAUGACUAACCAUUGCUCUUCAUCCCAGGAAUCGCAGAGCACAGUGGUGCACAACCCUCCCGAUGGAGUCAAGGGCUCGACAGAAAGCAAUGCCACCAACGACGAGGAGGAAAUGAAAGCGGACAGCUCGGCUCAGAGCAGUGCCACUGAGGAGAUGCCCCCACUACUGCCCUCACCUCAGAGCUCACCUGCCAUGCCACCGCAUGACGUAAAGCGCAUGGCAUGGAACAGCGUGGGCAACAGCUCGUGCCCCGAGUCGGAGCCUGCGCAGUCGCCCGGCUCCGCGGCUACGCUAGCUCCCGCUAAGUGCGACAAUAAGCCGACUCGCAAACAGGAAAUCAUCAAGAUAACGGAACAGCUGAUCGAGGCCAUCAACAACGGAGACUUCGAGGCUUACACGAGGAUUUGUGAUCCCGGACUCACCUCCUUCGAACCCGAGGCUCUGGGGAACCUGGUGGAGGGCAUGGACUUCCACAAGUUUUACUUUGAGAACUUGCUGAGUAAGAACAGUAAGCCGGUGCACACCACGCUGCUGAACCCCCACGUGCACCUGAUCGGAGAGGACGCCGCCUGCAUCGCUUACAUCCGCCUCACGCAGUUCGUGGACUCGACCGGGCGCCCGCGCUCCAGCCAAUCAGAGGAGACGCGCGUGUGGCACCGCCGCGAGGGCAAGUGGCUCAACGUGCACUUCCACUGCUCAGGAGCGCCCGCCGCACCACUACAGUGA